UAGAGCGGUGUUGACGCUGUCAAGUCAAUGGAGAAGCUGGGACAAUAUUACAGGUCGAUUUUGUAGUUUUGUGAAUGGUUGCUAUCUUCCUCCCACCCGGCAGAUGGAAACAGUGUAUCCAUAUCAACCACUUGAGUUCUGUGGUAGGGACACUCACGCGUUCCUUGUGGGCACUCGUGCAUUACAUUGUAACUACAUUUUACAGUGCACAUUAAGACCUCCCGCGAGAAGCAUCUUGUCUGUGCGCAUCUCGUGUGUCACAGAAACCUUCAAACCAUGUCGACAAUAUUUUCUUUUCAGACGCAACUCGUCUCCAUCAUGGACGCAUUAUCCAAAACAGCCGUAAUGGAAAUAAGCAAACUGGUGGAGAUCGAGUCGAAGAUGCUGAAAAUAGAGAUAACUCGAGGGCGGAACGAAAUCGCCUCGCUCACAGAGAAACUGCAGCUGAUGGAGAAAUUGCUUUAUAUCGCACAGGGGGGCAGACAGGACGCCGCGGCAGCAGCAUGCUCAGUGGUAAGGGACGGCUCAGCAAACAGAAUAUUGGAGCCUGACAGGACAAGACCUGCCAUAAAGAGUGAGAGCCCAUGGGAAAGCAUAAGUUCCUCCACUGAGAUGAGCAGUUUGCAUCCAGGCGAAGAGCAAACUGCGGCUGAACUUCCAAACCCACCAAAAGAGCAGCCUGAUCUAAUUGUUGUAAAGGAAGAGCCGUCAGAGGUGGACACCGGAGACAAUGAACAAGGAAGAGAAGCCGUCACAGAAACUCAGAAGAGUCCAGAUGUGAUGCAGCAUCCCAAAUCCAUCCCAGAACAUCAGCAGCCCAUGUUCACUGAUAGCUUUGUGACCCUGAGAGCCCAGUCGUCUCUCCCUGGAGCAGGGAGGACCAGGGAAACACAGUGGAAUCCACAGCUUGCACCUGUGCACACAAAUCUAGAGGAUGGGAAAAGCAUUGUGCAAAAUGUUGCCUCCCAAAGCUUAAGUGUGCUCAGAAACAUGAAGAUUCACAACUUGAGGAACUCAGCUGCAAAGAGGUUUGGGUGCUUGCAGUGUGGCAAGAGCUUCAGAUGCUUUAGUCAGCUUGAAAUACACCAGAGGAGUCACACAGGAGAGAAACCCUUCAGGUGCACGCUGUGUGGAAAGAGAUAUGCUCAAAAGGGGCAUCUGUAUACACACCAGCGCACACACACUGGGGAGAAGCCGUAUCGCUGUCCUAUUUGUGGAAAGGGCUUUAUUCAGAAAUGCACUCUUGAUAUGCAUCAGCGUACACACACUGGAGAAAAGCCUUUUGUUUGUAUCAAAUGUGGCAAGGGUUUUACAAAGAACUGUAAUCUGAAAAAACACCUUGCAGUACAUUUAGAUCCCAGUUUGAACAUGUAUCGUAGUGAAUCUGGUGCACCAACAUUUAGUGCAACAUUAAUUAAUGGGCUGUUACUGAUUGACAUUAGAACUAACAUGCGCAUAUUUGAUCAAGGCACAACGUCAACAACGUUGCUACGCUGGGAAUUUUGCCAAAAUUUCGUAAUAUUCAGCCUCCCCGUCGAGAUGAUGUGCGACACCACAAACCGGAGCUUUCGGACGCAGUUAGCGGCUAUCCUGGAAAAACUGACGAAGGCGGCUUUGGUUGAAAUAGGCAACCUAGCUGAUGAGUGCUCCUCCGUCCUUCACACCGAGAUGUCCCUGCACAAGACGGAGAAUGAGGCGUUGAAGAAGAGGUGUUACUCACUGGAGGUCCAGCUGAGAGCGGCGAGGGAGGCACAGACCUAUCCGGCACAUGUCAACAGUGUCAGCCGGCGGCACCCUGCAGAACAGCAGCAGCCUGCUCCAGCCAUCGAUGGAGUUUUUGGAAAGGACUGGUGUAUGGACUUUUGGAGAGAAGAGAAACUCCCCUCUCACAGAAAAGAGACGAUGGAGCCUGCUGCUAUGACAAGCAUGGGAGCACAGGCAAUAGAUUUGAUGGAGAGAGAACCUGAUCUCAUCUUUGUCAAGGAGGAGACAUAUGAUGAUCAUCCCAUUGGCCAGCAGAUGGGUUUCACAGAUAACAGAAAAAUUGUUGGGAUUUUUGAGGAGGACAACAUGCUUCAUAGAUCUGUUGAUGAGCUGCAGCUUCACUCAGGGGAGUUAAACAACUUCCCCAUGACGGUUGACAGUCAAACACAGCAACGCACACAACCGACAAUUAUGGACAAGUUAAUAGAUGAUGCAACAAUGAGCACUCUGGUUGACAACACAAAUCCUCCUUCAGCCGCCAUCGAAUACUCUGACUACACGAACGAUAUCCACACGGACUUAACCAAAAAAGUCACCAUGCAGCCAAAACCUCUGAAGCUAACAAAACAGUUUGAGUGCUUAUUCUGCGGGAAAGUAUUCAACUAUUUGAGCAGUUUAAAAGUCCACAUCAGGCGACACUCCGGCGAGAAGCCGUUCAGCUGCUCAGUUUGCGGGAAGCGGUUUGCUCAGAAAACGUACCUGAAACUGCACCAACGCGUGCACUCGGGGGAGAAGCCGUACAGCUGCCCAGACUGUGCCAAAAGUUUUUCCCAGAAAAGCUCUCUGAACAUACAUCUUCGGACACACACCGGUGAAAAGCCUUAUAGCUGUGUGGAUUGUGGGAAAUGUUAUGCAUACAAGUACGGUUUAAAUCACCACCAGUGUUUCACUUGACUAGACAAACUGCCACAUGGAGCCACAAGAAGUGCUUUCAGUAAUACUCAGAGUAGCUCAACAUGUGCCAAUAUGUCCAAGUACCUCUUCUAAAUUAAAGAAAAGCAAAUUUUAUAGCCCAUAUAAUUAUCAGUGCUGCUGUCAAAUGUUUUCAUGAGUUUUUAGUUUUAUUGACAUAAGAAAUGCUGCAGCCAAAUGAAUAUGAAUAUCUGUCCCUUUCUAGUGUACCAUUUGAUUGAGUGGGAUUAGAGCCGUUGCUAGUAGACCGGCUGAUGUCGAUAUUUAGGGAGCAAGAGGCCGAUGGCGUAAUACGUAAUGUCGAUAUUAUGUUGUUUUUAUUUUUUUGCCUCUGAUAAAAUACAACAGUUUAAAUCAUAAGAAAUUGACAAAAUUGCUGAAUUUAAAUGAACAUUUAUUUAACUCUCAUGUAUUAUUCACUUUAUCACAGACAAAUAUUUGAAAAUAUAAAAUGUGCAUUGUCUGUUUGCGUAAGUAGAUUUGCACUCCGCACUCUACUCAUUAUUUUCAAAAAAAAAAAAAAUGUCCACGAGUAAUCAAAAAACUUAACCGUAAAAAAAAAACCUUUGACCUAAAUGACCUAAACGGCCUUGUGAGUGCAGCACUGGCUGGUGCUGUUGAUCACAAAAUGCCAGAUAUCUGCCAGAUUAAUGGGUCUAUCCCUAGCCGUUGCCAAACUGUAGGAUUCCCUCUUUUUGCCUUUAAAGUCAAUGUCACAUUAUGCUUAAUAAGGAAAUUGUCAUAGAUUAAAUGAGACACAUUUUCUGAUCCAAGCUAUGACAAAAAAUACCUCCCAUUUUAUUCAUGCAUGAUGUCAUAUGGCUGGUGCAACAUGUUACACAUACCUCAGUGUCAUAUAUAUCAGGCCACAAAAGGCCUGUGUCAAACGAUGCCGAAAUUAUUUUGGACAAAUGCUCCAUUGUUUGCACACCUGUAGCAUAAACCUUCAAAACUACCUCUUCACAACAAAGCAGAAGAACAAUCCUCAGUUUGCUUCAUUACCCAUGUCUCACUUAUGCUUUGUAUUUACCGUAUGCCAUGUCUAAUUUUUUGGCAUUUAACUGUGCAGAAAGUGGAUCUUUGAAAAACAUGACUGUUUAAAAGAAAUGUUGAUGCGUGUUGGUAACAUAAUAUUCAAAUGACUUACAAAGAUUGUUCAGGUCUAAAUGGUGUCACUGUUCGAAAAUGUAUUUGUAUGGCUGCGUUAUUAUUGUAGAAAGACGAGUUGUGUUGUCAUUGUGCAGUCAAGUGGGACUGUCAGUUGUUUUUUUCUAAAUGUUAACCAUUUCUUUUUCUGUUCUUUCCUUCUACAAAUCCUCAUCAGAACUGUCAUCACCUAGACAGAGCAAUUAGUGGUAGUAAGGACUUGUUUUGCCUGUAAUAUUACGAUUUCCUUGAACACACCACACUGACCUCACUAAAUGAAUUCUCCGAGCCCAAGAAAGAAAUCUUGGGCUGUUGAUUUUUUUUUUUUUUCACUCACACCUGCAUGACCCUUACAAGGCCCUGUCAGAUGUGCUUUGUUCAGAUUGUCAGAGUUAAAUAUUAUACUCAAGGCAAUUUCAAUUUAGAUUAGACGAAAAAAAUAUAUACUUUAAAAAGAAGAGUUAUAUCAAUAAAAGAUGUAAUCACAAA